AUGCAGUCUAGCCUGUACAAGGAGAACACUUUCGAGCUGGGCCAUAGCGAGGUCUGGGGAUCAUGGUACGACGCUUCUGCAGAAAGAUGGGGCUACGCGUGCUGUCGAGAAUUGCAACGCUCGAAGCGAUGUGCUGCGAAUGCAGCACCGGCACAGGAUCUCGAGGAAGGCGGCGAUCUCGAAGCCGGCGCUCCCACUUGCCUGGACGAUCUUCAGCCCCGCAGCUCCUUCGCAGAGGCCGACCUCUUCGCACUGCGAUGGUUACAAGCUGUUCUGCGAGAGUAUCGUCGCCAACACCAGCUGGACACGGCUUGCGCUUCACGCUUCGGACGUUCACAACCGGAAGAGGUGGAGCGCUCCCUGGCAACCCUGCUACAGACUCUGCAGGCAAGCUGUCAGAGUUUCUGGAAGGGGGAGGAAGUCCAUGUCUGGAGCGUUGGCCACAACAAGUGGUUCAAAACCGGGCGCGUCGUCGCUGUGAGGCAGACAGAAGAAGGAGGGCGAGCUGUCGGCUCGGUACUUGUUACGUUUGUGGAGACCGCCGACAGCAAACCUUCCAGGAAGUGGGUGUCUCCAGCCAACAUACCGUCUGUCCUUCGGAAGGCAGCAGAGGUGAAAAUUUCGCGAGAUGAUCUGGACAAGAUCGUGCGAAUAGCUGAACUUUGUGCAGAACGAGAAUAUCAUGCAGCUAGCCAGGUGUACCUAGAGCUGACUGUGGGUCAUGGACGAUGGCAUGGAGAUCUCUCCGUCAAAGGCAUCACCGGUUGUGCGAAGGCUCCCAGAAACGGCUUCAGGGUCAAGAAAGAUUCGAACGGCCUUCUUGAGUCUACAGACGGUAUGCAAUACAUGCCUUGUCUCAAGCGGUUGAUGGCUUUCUGCCAAUUCGCGCACCCAAACGCUGACGUCUCCAAGCACAUGCCAGAGUGA